CAGGGGUCCUCAAACACCUGAAGAUUGACGGCGGACCGCAGGGAUGGCGGCCCAGGCGGGCGGGUGGCUGCGGCCCGCUCUGGGGCUGCGCUUGCUGCUGGCGACUGCGCUUCAGGCGGUGUCUGCUUUCGGGGCAGAGCUUUCCUCAGAGGCAUGCAGAGAGUUGGGUUUCUCCAGCAACUUGCUCUGUAGCUCUUGUGAUCUUCUUGGACAGUUCAGCCUGCUUCAGCUGGACCCCGACUGUAGAGGGUGCUGUCAGGAAGAAGCACAGUUUGAAACCAAAAAGCUGUAUGCAGGAGCCAUUCUUGAAGUCUGUGGAUGAAAAUUGGGGAGGUUCCCUCAAGUCCAAGCUUUUGUCAGAAGUGAUAAACCCAAACUGUUCAGAGGUCUACAGAUCAAGUACGUUCGAGGUUCAGACCCUGUACUAAAGCUUUUGGACGACAACGGGAACAUUGCAGAAGAACUAAGCAUCCUCAAGUGGAACACAGACAGUGUGGAAGAGUUUCUGAGCGAGAAGUUGAAACGCGUAUAAGCCUUGCUUAGUUGUUCUUUUGUUACUUAUCAAAUGAACUAUCACGGCACCUAGAAAAUACUUUACCUUUGCAUGCUUCCACUGGUCAAUCUUUUACGUAUAUCAUUAAUCUUCUAAUUAGAAGUUGAAGUAGCACCAUGGCCCAUAAUAUGCAAGGAUCUGGCAAGCUUGACAAGCUCAUUUCUUAGAAAGUUCUAUUCUUCUGCACUUGUUGAUAUCACCAGUAAAAUGCUUUCUAAGAGGCUUCUGGUUAAUUAUGCAAACAGUAGUUUGUAAUAAUUGGUCCACUUUUAUAAACAAUGGAAUUUAAAUAGGGGAAGUUAAUAAAGGAGACCCCCUCCUUUGCUCCUUUUGAAAGUAAUUGAUGUAAAACAACAAAACAAGUAGGACAUACUGAGCCUCAACAACAUGCCUGCUCCUCAGAGCCUUCAGAUCUUUUGUAUUGCCCAGCUUUCUUUUAGUAGAAGUAUAUUUGUAGUUUGUAAUGAAUGUACCACAUAAAAUUUUUGUAGCCUUAUUAUUAUGGAACAGAUUGAAGAUCUGCAGUAAGAGUGUGCUAAUCAUAAAGGUUUGCAUUAAUGAGGAUCACACAGAAAACCUUUGUUAAGGAUUUGUGUAGAUCUGAUAAUUGGCAAAUUUUUAUGUUUUAAAUAUUCUUACAAAAGAGUUCCAUUUAAGAAUGUUCAUUUAUUGGACCAAAAUAUAAAUAAAAACUUUCAAACGUUUGAUUUUAAA